AUGAUUGCCCAAUUUCUCCGAACUGCCUUCCGCCCCACUACGAUGUGGUCUACUUCACGCUUCGUCCCAGAAAAAGCUGCCCCCUCUGAGAUGAGGACAUUUUCUUCAUUGCAAACUCCCACACCAAAGACUUUUACGAUCUUUGGAACAGAGUACUCUAGGAAGAGAGUGUAUACUAUUGCUGGAUUGGUUCUUCUUGCGGAUAUGGCGAUUUUUGAUUAUUAUUACUUCUUCGCAUCGAAGAAGACUGGAAAUUGA